AUGAAGGUGAAAUCGACAAAACUGAACAGAAAACUCAGGGGCGCCACCCUCCUGGAGGCUGCUCGGAUGCCACGAAAGGAAGACCUUCGAGGUGGAUGCCUCCUCGAGUCGCACUCCCCCAAAAUAGACAAGAAAAGCUCCCCAAGACAGAGCUAUGCGGAUGUCGCGCGGAGCGCCGAAAGCCCGGGGCGUUUCAGCGAUGAGUCGCCACAUUCAUGUGCCGUGCUCCAGAAAGCCUCACGCCAGGUCGUCCCCGCAAAAGCUCAGGCAGAGGAACCCAGAGGAGGUGGACAGUUUGACUCCCCCGGUGUGCCGACACUGACGUACGCGGAAAUCGUCAAAAAGCCCCAGUCACCGACAGGCACAGAGGUUGUGUCGUCGGCGGAACAGACUCAGCCCAAGCGCGACGCUGGAGCUCGAGCUGUCUGCAAGGUGCCGGAUGAGACGGAGACCGUGGUUGCAGAUUCUGCAUGUCAAAACUCUCAAUACGAAGAAGUUGGCAUGCCUUGCCUCCUGGCGGCAAAGUACACCCCGGGUCCCGAGAUCGCGCGUCGCCCAUCUUUCUCCAAGGAAAAGAAGAUCGCUCGUGUGUGCAGAGCAGAUUCCGCGUCAUCAGCCUUGGAGGAGCAUCCGGUCUUUCUCAACUCGCGCAGCAAACGAAACAGAAGGACCAGUGUUUCGCGUUGUUCCUCAGGAAACGAGGCGAAGUGGACAGCGCGGAGUCAGAAGACACAAGCUUCAAGGAAACUGGGAGUUGCGUCAUGUCCGGGGCAUUACCGGUCUUUCAUAGACGAGACCGCAGCAGUUAUUGACGCAAGUCUGAACGCAGGACUCUCGUGCUGCCUCCUCAGUCCUCGCCACCAACUGCCAGAAGACCACAGCACCCGAGGCCUAACAAGUCGAAGAUUACCCAUCGAAGAGAGGCCAUGGCUUCCUGCGCCUCAGACACUCUCUGCUGGCGUGACCUUUGAUGGCAGCGCCUGGACCAGCUAUCUGGCGGAUCCGUCACAAACGCUGCAUCCGACGACCUCUCUGGACCGUCUUAGUGCGGGAGAAUGGAGAACAGCUGUGGCAAUUGCAAUGCAUCUCUACGCGCACCAUUCGCCCCCGUGCCAAAUGGUCAUCCUGUAG